AUGUUGGAGUCUUCUGGUUCAUCUGUUACUGGCUCUAGCGUACGCAAGCGAAAUCUUGUGAAGAGACAGAAGAAAAAUGAAGGUGUAGAUAUGAUCAACAUGCUUCCAGAACCACUCAUAAGUCGCAUACUCUCUUUUCUCCCAACCAAAGAUGCAGUUCGCACGUGUGUGUCAUCCAAGAAAUGGCUUUUUCGAUGGACAUUCAUCACCAAGUUGGACUUAGAUGACACUGUGUUCUACUCUCCUAAGAGAAAAAAUGGUGGAAAAAUGUUCUUCAUGAACUUCGUGUAUAGGGCACUUCUUCUCACCCAAAGUAAAAUCUUAGAAAGUGUUUCACUUACUGUUGUUAACAAGUACGAUGUGUCCCUUCUCAACACAUGGGUAUCUAACAUCUUGAUAAGGGAUGUUAGAAGUCUUCGUAUUGACACAAGUUUUGAGAUGCCCUUGACAUCUUUUGCAUCUCACUCUCUUUUCAACUCCAAGUUCUUAGAAGAGUUGGUGCUCAAUAUGAAAUCUUGUGCCAUUAGGGUUUAUGAUAGUGACUUUGUUCAUUUUGGAUUACUAAGAAUCCUUAAGUUGUCUGGGAUUUUGUUUACUGUUGACCCUAGCUACAGAACCAUGAAUCUUAGUUUACCAGUUCUCAAGGUGUUUGAAACAACAAACUGCACUUGGUUAAAUGCAAAAUGUGUUACACUAAACGUGCCUCUACUUGAAAGUGUUAUCAUAGUGCAAAACGCCAAGUCUAUGUCUUAUGACACGCCUAAAUGUUCAAUGUGUUUUUUUGCUUCCAAUCUGAUAGAGUUCAGUUAUUGUGGUGAUGGUUACAUAUCACAUUAUUUUAAGCUGUUACAAUCGUUGUUGACUCAUAAUGCUUCUCUUAAUGUAACUGUGAGUCAAUGUCCGAUAAAUAGAGAUCCAGAAACAGAGUUCCGUGCCUUUGUGCUUCUCCAAGAAUUCAGCCAAGUGAAGUAUCUCAAAUUUGAGGGCUGUGAGGUAAGUAUCCUUUCUAAAAAUGUGCAUCAUCCCUUACUUGGAACACCACAUCAUAAACUUAAUAUGCAUUAG